AUGGAGAAAUGGAUGAAUCGUAUGUUGAUCGACCAUCGCCGCAUCCGGUACAUUGCCAUUGACAGAGGCCCAAUUAGGUUCAUUGGAAUGACUGGAGGUGCUAUAUUCCACGAAAUGAUGAAACGGCAAGGUGUCAAGAACAUCUUCGGGUACCCUGGUGGUGCCAUUCUUCCCGUGUUCGACGCCAUCUACAACUCCCGAAACUUCGACUUUGUUCUGUCAAAACACGAGCAAGGUGCUGGGCAUAUGGCGGAGGGAUAUGCCCGCGCGUCCGGAAAACCAGGGGUGGUCUUGGUGACUAGUGGUCCUGGUGCGACCAACGUAGUCACCCCAAUGGCCGACGCAUUGGCCGAUGGAGUUCCCAUGGUGGUGUUCUGCGGCCAGGUUGCCACAACCGCCAUUGGGAGUGACGCCUUUCAGGAGGCGGACAUGGUAGGAAUCUCCCAAGCGUGCACCAAAUGGAAUGUCAUGGUGAAGAGCGUGGCAGAAUUGCCGAAGCGUAUCAAUGAAGCCUUUGAAAUUGCCACAAGCGGCAGGCCAGGCCCGGUGCUCGUUGAUCUGCCUAGAGACGUCACGGGUGGCAUCUGUCGGAAAGCCAUCCCUACGGAGUCCACCCUUCCUCGGUCCGCCUCUGUCGCAGCACGCCAGGCCCUAGAGUUGAAUAAGAAGCAGCUGAACCAGUCGAUUAAAAAGGUAGCGAACCUUAUCAACAAUGCCCAAAGCCCGGUUAUCUUUGCCGGCCAUGGCGUCGUCUGCUCGGAAGGCGGCCCCGAGCUGCUGAAGACUCUCGCGGACAAGGCGUCCAUUCCCAUCACCACUUCUCUCCACGGACUCGGAGCUUUUGACGAGCUUGACGAGAAGGCUCUGCAUAUGUUGGGAAUGCACGGGUCUGCAUAUGCAAAUAUGGCGAUGCAGAAUGCCGAUCUGAUCAUCGCGCUCGGGGGACGUUUCGAUGAGCGAGUUACCUGCAAUAUCACCAAAUUCGCCCCAAAGGCUCAUGCGGCUGCAAAGGAAGGUCGAGGUGGCAUUGUUCACUUUGAAAUAAUGCCGAAAAAUAUCAAUAAGGUUGUCCAGGCCACUGAGGCAGUCGAGGGCGACGUGGCUGCCAAUCUACAGCUCUUGAUUCCCCACGUCCAGGAGAAGUCGAUGUCAGAUCGCAAGGCCUGGUUCGACCAGAUCAAUGAAUGGAAGAGAACGUGGCCUCUCAAUGACUUCGAGAAGGCCGAACGUUCUGGAUUUAUCAAACCCCAGACUCUGAUUGAAGAACUUAGCAACUUGACCGCGGACCGCAAAGACCGCACCUACAUCUCAACGGGCGUUGGCCAGCACCAGAUGUGGGUCGCUCAGCACUUUCGCUGGAGACAUCCACGUACCAUGAUCACAUCGGGCGGUCUGGGAACUAUGGGGUACGGUCUGCCUGCUGCAAUCGGUGCUAGUGUUGCCAAACCAGACGCCCUCGUCAUUGAUAUAGACGGUGACGCAUCGUUCGCCAUGAGCCUGACCGAGAUGUCUACCGCCUCACAGUUCAACAUCCCCGUGAAGGUCAUCGUUUUGAACAAUGAGGAACAGGGGAUGAUCACGCAAUGGCAGAACCUCUACUACGAGGAUCGAUACGCUCACUGCCACCAGAAGAACCCGGACUUUGUCAAGCUUGCCGAGACGAUGGGAUUGCAGGCCCGCCGGGUUAUCAAACCAGAAGACGUUGUUGAUAGCCUGGAGUGGCUGAUCAACACUAAUGGACCGGCUCUUCUUGAGGUUGUCACCGAUAAGAAAGUGCCCGUGCUGCCGAUGGUUCCUGGCGGAUCUGGUUUGGAUGAAUUCAUCACAUGGGAUAGUGUCGUUAAAACAGCAAAAGAUAAGGCACGAAGGGAGUUGAUGCGGCAGCGUACGCGUGGCCUUCACGGGUAG